UACGUUAUCGCGUCGCGAUCAAUAUUGGUUGACGCGAAGUUCGAACUUUUGCUUCGAGUCCCUUACUACUAGUCGCGUGUUCCAGUCAUCUCUUUAACCCUCUGAGCCUUCAGUGUUUAGUGUUUGUUUCUAGCCCAUUUGAUGGGGAAAUCGUAUGUAGUGGUCGUGGGUUUGAAGCCGGGCAUAUAUAAGAAUUGGAUAGAAUGCAACGGACAGAUCAGAAAUGUUCCACGCGCUGUUCAUCAAAGCUUUGAUACGUACGAGGAAGCUCUUGCAGUAUUUCACGGAGCCCUGGAAAGGGGUGAAGUGGAGGCUGUCCGACCAAAUCCAGGCGCUGCGUCAGCUUCUGCCACUAGAAUCAAGAAUGAGAUGGAUGGUAAUAUGUACCAACCGGUGACUCCGAGCAGAAUGCAUCGCGCCGGCGAUGCUCGUACUGUGCAGUUACGCCAGACGCCAUGGGAUGACGUCUCCUUACUGCAUUCUCCACGCCAAAUGUUGUCGCCAGAACCGCCAACUGGGGUGACUCAGUACGUGGACCUACCAGACGAUCCUUGGCUUCAGCUAGAAAGAGGAUUGUCACCCCGAGUCACCGUGGAGGAUACUACAUCCUACACAUCUUCAAAUUCUUGCGUAAAUGAUGUGUCGCAUUUACUGAUGAGACCCCGCCCCACUCAUAUCAGAAGGGGCGAAACUUCCCCUACCUCAUCCGUGAUGUCCAUAGAGAAAACAAUAUCCCCUCGAGAUCUGCGUAGACAAGAGACUGCUCCUGCAUCGUUCGAGACGGGAGCGCGGUACCCCACUCUCGAAGAAAUAUGCAAAGGUCAGGACUUGGAUCCUCGCGUCAUGAUUCCGCCUUCAAGGAUAUUUGAUCCUGCAAAUGUCAAACCUCGUCCAGGAGCAGUUUCUGCUCGCAGAAAGAAUGACCAGAUGGAUGCAGAAUCGACGAAUUCUCGUUAUUCUGCAACGCAUCUUGUGCAUGAUCGUCUGCCAGCCGUCGAUUAUCCAGAAUACGACGAACAAUCUAUUUCCUCUCCCCCACAACACCAAGUUGCCAACAAAGGGAAGAGUCGAGCACCCGUAGAUGCUGCAACUGAAGCACUAUGUGCAUCCGGUUAUGUUUCUUGCAACAAUCGGCAUUCGUUCUCACAGUACCCCUACCAUGUUCAAGAAGUCUACUCGCGUGAUCGGCCUGAACAGCGCAGCGUUGUUGUUGUGCACUGUCCACCAGGGAACAGCUGCUGCCAUAGGGACUGUGAAAGUGCGUCUGCCCGUACCGCAGUAAUGAAUGAACGGAUUCAAUCGCGCUACGCCGACGUUGGAGUCUCUCCUAUUAUAUCAAGUGUGAGCUCGGCUCGCACAAAAUCCGAUGUACGAGAUCCCGGAGCGCGGGUCUCUGAUGCCUCAAGUGGGCGGGGGUUUCAUUCGGUUUUCGGACUUUCCUCGCCUCAAGUUUCGCGUAGCAGUUACGCUGUCGAGUCGGACGUCCGUUCUCCAAUUGCACGGGGGACGAGAGUCCCAUCAGGCCUGUCCGAGCUGUCGAUAUUCGGACGACCAUCCCCUGCGAUGCGGGGAUCGCCAGCGAGGGACAGGCGUCGCAGCGUGGUGAUCGGUUGAGCAUGAUAUGAGGAUCAGUUCAAGCCUUGUCCUUCAGAAGGUGGUAGUUGCUUUGUUGAUGCAGAUUGUUGUUUAUAUUGAUCUUGUACUGUUCGAGAAACAGGCUGGCUUCAAGGGUCUUGAUUCCUGAUGCCGGCUUGACCGGCACAGCAGUAGGCUUCUUAUUGAUACCCGGCUUUAAAGCACACAUUUUUAUGUACUCGGCAAAGAGGUGCAAGGUCAACUUUUCGCAACAUAAUGGUCGAGAACUGACAGUGAAAUCAACAAUGAUCAUUGAUCAUCCUAAUUAUGGAAUUUCUCACGCCACAGACGCGUUUGGGAGAACCUCGAGGCGGGAUCCCUAACUCUGCAAAU